UGUGACUUGAAUUUUCGCAUAAUUGAAUGUUCAACGAAAUUAUAUUAACUAAUAUAUAAAUUUCCGUAUCAAUAGUCUGGACAGUCUACAAGGGCUCCUCCAGAUCUAUAAUGUGUAUGGAUAAAGAAUAAAAACAGUCCAAGCUGAUGAUGAUUAUGAGGAGUGGGGUUCGCACGCUUUUUAAAGUCUAUUUCUAUGGAGCAUUAGCGUCAAGUAUUUCCAUUUUUUUGACGCUGUUAAGUGCCAUCGUUUUACGCCCAUUUCUGUCUAAUGGUCGCGAACAAAUCUUACUACCGUUCUUGGUUGCCUUGUCUGUCGGAUGUUUAAGCGGAGACGCCAUCUUUCAUUUGCUGCCUCACGUUUUCCUUGGUGAAUCUCACAGGGAAAACAUUCAAAACAAGUCAAACAGUACUAAAGAUGGUCUAAAUGUUCAUCAUAAAGACGUCAUAUUAUGGAACUCAUUGCCUAUUGCCUGCACCAUCUAUGCAUUUUACCUUAUUCACUUGUUCAGUGAAAAUUGUAUGGCAAAAGCAGAAUACUCUCAUUCGCAUUCGCAUUCGCAUUUGCCGGAGUCGAUAAAACGAGAAAAAGUGAUCAGUGUCAGUGAGGACAAUUUUGAUAAAGAAAACGUCGAGAUGAAUUACAAAGAAUUAAUUCCCGAGGAUAGCAAAAAGGAUACAAAUCAUUAUGCACCAAUAAUAUGGAUGAUUGUCAUAGGCGACGCCGUUCACUCCUUUACUGACGGGAUAGCCAUUGGUGGAGCCUAUGCUAAAUCAUUUUAUGGAGGUCUGGGUACGACAAUGGCAAUCGUGUGCCAUGAAGUGCCGCAUUGCGUUGGAGAUCUUGCUGUUAUGGUUAGCACUGGUUUAACUUACACAACAUCACUUCUCCUACUCACAGUCGUGAUGGUUCCAAUGUACAUAGGAAUGAUUAUCGGAGCUACGUUGAGUCGACUUAUGGAUUUAACGCGUGUUAUUUUCGCAAUAUCAGCAGCCAUAUUUCUAUUUAUAUCCCUAACCGAAUUGUUGCCUGGAAUAUUAAGCGCAAGACCUGGAAGAAGAAACAAGUGGCUCAUGCCAGUUCUUCAUAGUGUCGGUAUAUUGCUAGGAAUGACGGUUAUGCUAACUAUAGCUAUUUUUGAAGAUAAAUUGAAUAGCUAAGAUAUUAAGACUUUAGUUUACGAAUUAAAAACAUA